UUGCAGCCGGGCUGCCUCUGAGCGUCCAGCGCUCACGGUCGUCCUCGCCCACCCUCGCUGGGUUGGCGCCCGUAGCACCCCAGCUGCACCCGGCGACACCCCGCCUGAGCCAGGGGACCCUCACCUUGAACAGCCCGUGCCCCUCCCCUCCUCUCCACCCCAACUCCCGCCCCCUGCUCGCCUCCGCUCCCGGCUGGGGUCCGCUGCGGCUCAGGCGCCCGCAAAGCUCCCUCCCCUGCGGCCACCCAGUUGGCCUCCACCCCGCGGCGCACGGGCUCUCCGCGGAGUCGUUGCGGGGGAUACCGAGGGAGCGCGCCGGGGCCGGACGAGUCGCGCGGCCGGAGACUGCCCGCGAUGGCGGGAGCCUGGCUCAGGUGGGGACUCCUGCUCUGGGCAGGGCUGCUAGCGUGGUCUGCGCACGGCCGGGUGCGGAGGAUCACGUACGUGGUGCGCCCGGGCCCGGGACUGCCGGCCGGAGCCUUGCCUCUGGCUGGGCCCCCGCGGACCUUCAACGUCGCCCUGGACGCCAGGUACAGCCGUAGCUCAACAGCCGCCUCCAGCCGCGCCUUGGCGGGGCCCCCAGCCGAGCGGACCCGGCGCACCAGCCAGCCUGGCGGCGCGGCCCUGUCCGGGCUCCGAUCUCCGCUGCCACCCGAGCCCGCGCGUCCGGGGGGGCCCGGCCGGCAGCUCCAGUCUAAGGCCGGUGCUCAGACUGCGGUCACUCGCUUCGCCAAACAUGGCAGGCAAGUCGUGCGCUCCAAAGUGCAGCAGGACACCCAGAGCGCCGGGGGCUCCAGACUGCAGGUUCAGCAGAAGCAGCAGCUGCAGGGGAUCAAUGUCUGUGGAGGACAGUGCUGCCAUGGGUGGAGUAAGCCCCCCGGCUCCCAGAGGUGUACCAAACCAAACUGUGUUCCGCCAUGCCAGAAUGGAGGAAUGUGUCUUCGGCCUCAGUUCUGUGUGUGCAAGCCAGGGACAAAGGGUGAAGCCUGCGAGAUCACAGCUGCCCAGGACGCCAUGCCACGAGUCUUUGGAGGGCAGAAUCCUGGGUCCUCAUGGGUCCCUCCUGAGCAAGCAGCAAAGCGUACCUCAACCAAGAAGGCAGACACCUUACCCAGGGUCAGUCCAGUGGCCCAGAUGACCCUGACCCUCAAGCCGAAGCCUUCUGUGGGACUCUCCCAGCAGAUACAUUCUCAAGUGGCACCCUUGUCUUCCCAGAAUGUGAUGAUUCGGCAUGGCCAGACCCAGGAGUACGUGCUCAAGCCCAAGUACUUCCCAGCCCCGAAGGUGGUCUCUGGGGAGCAGUCUACAGAAGGCUCUUUCUCUUUAAGAUAUGGGCAAGAGCAAGGCACGGCACCCUUUCAGGUGAGUAACCACACUGGUCGCAUCAAGGUGGUCUUUACUCCGAGCAUCUGUAAAGUGACCUGCACCAAGGGCAACUGUCAGAACAGCUGCCAGAAGGGGAAUACCACCACUCUCAUUAGUGAGAACGGCCAUGCAGCCGACACCCUGACAGCCACGAACUUCCGAGUGGUAAUUUGCCAUCUUCCGUGUAUGAAUGGUGGCCAGUGCAGUUCAAGGGACAAAUGUCAGUGCCCUCCAAAUUUCACAGGAAAGCUUUGCCAGAUCCCUGUCCUUGGUGCCAGUAUGCCUAAACUCUACCAGCACACCCAGCAGCCAGGCAAGGCAUUGGGGAGUCACGUCAUCCACUCCACACACACCUUGCCUCUAACCAUGACCAGCCAGCAAGGGGUCAAAGUGAAAUUUCCCCCCAACAUAGUCAAUAUCCAUGUGAAACAUCCUCCCGAGGCUUCUGUCCAGAUACACCAGGUUUCCAGAAUUGACGGUCCAGUAGGUCCGAAAGUGAAAGAAGCUCAACCAGGCCAGGCCCAAGGAUCUUACCAAGGGCUUCCGGUCCAGAAGACCCAGACGGUCCACUCCACGUACUCCCACCAGCAGGUCAUUCCACACGUGUACCCUGUGGCUGCUAAGACACAACUUGGCCGAUGCUUCCAGGAAACCAUUGGGUCACAGUGUGGCAAAGCACUCCCUGGCCUUUCAAAGCAAGAGGACUGCUGUGGGACAGUGGGGACCUCCUGGGGCUUUAACAAAUGCCAGAAAUGCCCCAAGAAGCAAUCCUAUCAUGGAUAUACUCAAAUGAUGGAAUGCCUACAAGGAUAUAAACGGGUUAACAACACCUUUUGCCAAGAUAUUAAUGAAUGCCAGCUACAAGGUGUAUGCCCUAAUGGUGAGUGUUUGAAUACCAUGGGCAGCUACAGAUGCUCCUGCAAAAUGGGAUUUGGGCCUGACCCUACCUUUUCAAGUUGUGUUCCGGAUCCCCCUGUGAUCUCCGAAGAGAAAGGGCCCUGUUACCGCCUUGUCAGUCCUGGAAGGCAGUGUAUGCACCCUCUCUCUGUUCACCUCACCAAGCAGAUCUGCUGUUGUAGUGUGGGCAAGGCCUGGGGCCCACAUUGUGAGAAAUGUCCCAUCCCAGGCACAGCUGCUUUUAAGGAAAUCUGUCCUGGUGGAAUGGGUUAUACGGUUUCUGGCGUUCAUAGACGCAGGCCAAUCCAUCAGCAUAUAGGUAAAGAAGCUGUAUUUGUCAAGCCAAAGAACACUCAACCUGUUGCUAAAAGUACUCAUCCUCCACCUCUCCCAGCCAAGGAAGAGCCUGUGGAGGCCCUGACCUCCUCGCGGGAACAUGGGCCGGGAGUGGCGGAGCCCGAAGUGGUAACAGCACCUCCUGAGAAGGAAAUACCCUCACUGGAUCAAGAGAAAACCAGACUUGAACCUGGGCAACCCCAGCUCUCCCCAGGGGUUUCAACUAUUCAUCUGCACCCACAGUUUCCAGUAGUGGUUGAAAAGACAUCCCCUCCUGUGCCUGUGGAAGUGGCUCCUGAAGCUUCCACGUCAAGUGCCAGCCAAGUGAUUGCUCCUACGCAAGUAACAGAAAUCAACGAAUGUACUGUGAACCCGGACAUUUGCGGAGCAGGACACUGCAUCAACCUGCCGGUGAGGUAUACCUGCAUCUGCUACGAGGGCUACAAGUUCAGUGAACGGCAGAGGAAAUGUGUUGACAUUGAUGAGUGUGCUCAGGUCCAGCACCUCUGCUCCCAGGGUCGUUGUGAGAACACAGAGGGGAGUUUCCUGUGUAUUUGCCCAGCAGGGUUUAUGGCCAGUGAGGAGGGCACUAACUGUAUAGAUGUGGAUGAAUGUCUGAGGCCUGAUGUGUGUAGGGAGGGCCGCUGUAUCAACACUCCUGGGGCCUUCCGGUGCGAAUACUGUGACAGUGGGUACCGAAUGUCACGGCGGGGCCACUGUGAGGAUAUUGAUGAGUGUCUGACGCCAAGCACUUGUCCCGAGGAACAGUGUGUGAACUCCCCCGGUUCUUACCAGUGUGUGCCCUGCACAGAGGGGUUCCGCGGCUGGAACGGACAAUGCCUUGAUGUGGACGAGUGCCUGCAGCCAAAGAUCUGUACUAAUGGUUCCUGCACCAACCUGGAAGGCUCCUACAUGUGUUCCUGCCACAAGGGCUACAGCCCCACACCAGACCAUAGACACUGUCAAGAUAUUGAUGAAUGCCAGCAAGGGAACCUAUGCAUGAAUGGGCAGUGCAAAAACACUGAUGGCUCCUUCAGGUGUACCUGUGGACAGGGCUAUCAGCUGUCAGCAGCUAAAGACCAAUGUGAAGAUAUUGACGAAUGUGAGCACCGUCACCUCUGCUCUCACGGGCAGUGCAGGAACACAGAGGGCUCCUUCCAGUGCGUGUGCAACCAGGGUUACAGAGCAUCUGUGCUUGGAGACCACUGUGAGGAUAUCAAUGAAUGCUUGGAGGACAGCAGUGUCUGCCAGGGAGGUGACUGCAUCAAUACUGCGGGGUCCUAUGACUGCACGUGCCCAGAUGGAUUCCAGCUGAACGACAACAAGGGAUGUCAAGACAUUAAUGAAUGUGCACAGCCAGGACUCUGUGGACCUCAUGGGGAGUGUCUAAACACGCAAGGCUCCUUCCACUGUGUCUGCGAACAGGGGUUCUCCAUCUCUGCAGAUGGCCGUACAUGUGAAGAUAUUGAUGAGUGUGUUAACAACACUGUGUGUGACAGUCACGGCUUCUGUGACAACACAGCUGGCUCUUUCCGCUGCCUCUGUUAUCAGGGCUUUCAAGCCCCACAGGAUGGGCAAGGGUGUGUGGAUGUGAACGAAUGUGAGCUGCUCAGCGGUGUAUGUGGGGAAGCUUUCUGUGAAAAUGUGGAAGGAUCCUUCCUGUGUGUAUGUGCCGAUGAGAACCAGGAGUACAGCCCCAUGACUGGGCAGUGUCGCUCUCGAGUCACUGAAGAUUUAGGUGUGGAUCAUCAGCCCAGAGAAGAGAAGAAGGAGUGCUAUUAUAAUCUGAAUGAUGCCAGUCUCUGUGACAACGUGCUGGCCCCCAACGUCACCAAACAAGAGUGCUGCUGUACGUCGGGUGCCGGCUGGGGGGACAACUGUGAGAUCUUCCCUUGCCCAGUCCAGGGAACAGCUGAGUUUACGGAAAUGUGCCCUAGAGGGAAAGGUUUCGUCCCCGCUGGAGAAUCCUCUUACAACAUGGGUGGUGAGAACUACAAAGAUGCUGAUGAAUGCUUGCUGUUUGGAGAGGAAAUCUGCAAGAAUGGUUACUGUUUGAACACUCAGCCUGGGUAUGAAUGCUACUGCAAGCAAGGGACAUACUAUGAUCCUGUCAAAUUACAAUGUUUUGAUAUGGAUGAAUGCCAAGACCCUAACAGUUGUAUUGAUGGCCAGUGUGUUAAUACAGAGGGCUCCUACAACUGCUUCUGCACCCACCCAAUGGUCCUGGAUGCUUCUGAGAAGAGAUGUGUGCAACCAACUGAAUCAAAUGAACAAAUAGAAGAAACGGAUGUCUAUCAAGACCUGUGCUGGGAGCAGCUGAGUGAGGAGUACGUGUGCAGCCGUCCUCUCGUGGGCAAGCAGACCACGUACACAGAGUGCUGCUGUUUGUACGGGGAGGCUUGGGGCAUGCAGUGCGCUCUCUGCCCCAUGAAGGACUCGGAUGACUAUGCCCAGCUAUGCAACAUCCCUAUGACUGGGCGGCGGCGGCCAUAUGGACGGGAUGCGUUGGUGGACUUCAGUGAACAGUAUGGCCCAGAAACAGACCCUUACUUCAUUCAGGAUCGCUUUCUAAAUAGCUUUGAGGAGCUGCAGGCCGAGGAAUGUGGCAUCCUCAAUGGCUGUGAAAAUGGCCGCUGUGUGAGGGUCCAGGAAGGCUACACUUGCGAUUGCUUUGAUGGAUAUCACCUGGAUAUGGCCAAGAUGACCUGUGUCGAUGUAAAUGAGUGCAGCGAGCUGAAUAAUCGGAUGUCUCUCUGCAAGAACGCCAAGUGCAUUAACACAGAAGGUUCCUACAAAUGCUUGUGUCUGCCAGGCUACAUACCAUCCGACAAGCCCAACUACUGUACGCCACUGAACUCCGCUUUGAAUUUAGACAAGGACAGUGACCUGGACUAAAGGAGAAGCUACAUAACCUAUGCCCAUAUACUCUGCACUGUGUAAAGGAAAAGGGAGCGAUGUAUACUUGAGACACUGCACCUAACCCAGAAUGUGGCAAAGACAGAAACAACUUGGAGUUUGAGUGAACCCCCAAAGACAGUGAGCGGAUGGAGCAGGAACCUGACAGGUGCGACAGACCAAAUGGACAUUUCUUCAAAAACCCAGUAUAUAUAGUCUGUUCAUAUGUAAAAUUCAAUGGAAAAGAGGCAGGACAUGGCUGUCAUUUUAAACAGAGGUUGUAUUAUUAUCUUGUUUUGAUUUUUUUUUUUUUUACUAUUGCUUAAAUUUGGCUUUUAAAUAGUGGUGGAAAUGUUUUUAUAUGAUUCUUCUUUUUGCUGUGCAGAUCUUCAGCUACCGUUUUUCUUCAGCAAUAAUCUCAAGUGCAAACAUCUUUGAUAAAAUAUUGUUAAACUGUGUAUUAUAAGUAAUAUGACACAGGGUUGUGCUGUUCCUUGGUCCGGAGACUUUGAAAAACAAAUUGUCUGUCCUGUGGAGCAGGCAGUAAUUGUUAAACUUUUAUAUACAUUUGGAGGGGUGGAGAAACACCUUUAUUUUCAAUGUAUUACCAGAUUUCCUGUCAAUUGGAUCCCUUACUUGGAUGGAAAUGGAAGCACUUCUUAGCAUGUAUUAAUAUUGUGAUGUGUAAAGUCAACCCAGAAAAAUUUAAAAACCUGAUCAUCCCCCCAAACAUUUACCAUUGUAUGUUAUAAGAAAAUAAAAUCACCAUUUUUGUAGAAAAAAACCUGAGUGUGGAAGAACUUGUCCCCUUCCCCAUAACAGCUCCCCCAGCUCUUAUUUCUUAACCAGUGGUCCUCCAUCACUUUAGACUUCUGUAAGGUAGGACUGGUUAGCUACUGUUACAGGUUGCUAAUUUCCCUCUUAAGUUCCACGUUUAAGUGCUGAAUCCCUGUGCUUUAGGAUGCACAGACUCUCUUUGGAGACAAGAUCUGUAAGGAUGAAAUGAAAAUUACAGGAGACCAGUGGAGUAAACUGUAAUCCAAGACUGCAGGUGUCCUUAGGUGACAAGGAAGUAAGGACACGUGCAGAAGAAAGGUCACUUGAAGAGGGCUGGAAGGUGACUACCUUACAAAAGAGUGAGGCCUCAGAGAGAAGUCAAUUCCGCCACAGAUCUUGACCUCUACUCCAGAAUUAUGAGAAAAUAAACUUCUGUUGUCAAAC